AUGAAUUUUUUCUCAAUCUUUCUUAUUUUAGUAAUAUGUCAAGGCCUGUUCGAGUUUUCGGAUGCAACACCGGUUCCCAAAAAGCAUCACGGCCACAAAAAUACCGAAACUCCCAAGCAUCCUCACGAGAAUAAUAGCGAACACCCCAAGAAGAACGAGCACCCCAAGAAGAACGAGCACCCCAAGAAGAACGAGCACCCUGAGAGGAAGAACGAGCAUAAAAGUGCAGGAAGUCCCCAGAAGUCUCAAAAGCAGGAACACACCGAAAAGCCGAAAAAAGACGAAAUUGGCGAAACUGGUCCACCAAAAGACUUGUUUGACAGCCAACUUAAACAAGACUAUGGCGGCUCAAUGUCUGUUUUUGAGGGAGCUUUUCAGGCAGAAUAA